GGAUCACUAGAUCAUUAUUUUUUGGUAUGUCGACGAUACAAAUUGUUAAGAAAAAGACACCAAGAACUUCCGUUCGCAAAAUUAGGGUUAAUAUUAUCACCAGAAAUCAUACUAUCUUUCGGUGCGUCAGUUAUAGGGGUCAGCCACAGGGACGUAUUUGAUGCCGUUUGCAGUUACAUUCAGUCAACAAAACGAAUAACUUUUUUAACUUUUGUCUUGAAUUUUGUUUGUUUUUGUAUGUUUUUUUUUUAAUCUCUCUUUCGUUAUAUUUUUUCUCAUCGAAUAAGUAGCACUUCAAAAGAUUAGGUGAACGUUUCAGCACGCAAUUCUUGGCCAAUCCCCCAGUGUGGGUAUGAGCCAUAACAUGAGGCCAUCAUCAUCAUCAUCAGCAGCAGCAGCAGCACGCGGUCACGAGACGCGAGGCACAGAAGAAGACAGCGAAGGGCGUCGCGACCGUUGCCAGAGCUGCUUUGCGCCUCGAGUUCCUGGAGGAGAGACCGGCAGCCCACCAUGUCCAAGCUACGGAAGAUAGCCCACCAUUGCAUGUCCGUGCUCUCGUCCUUCGCUUCGGCCGUUCUGUUCGCUUCGGCGUUCAUCCUGGCCUUCCUCAUACUCGAGGGAUACCACCGCAGAAUGGACAUGCAGUUCCACGAGCACGACGAAUCAGCAGACGCCUCCGGCAGGCUACACCACCGUCACCACCUCUGGCACGACUCCGACGGGGCUCUCCACGCCGCCGCUCCGCACCACCGCCAGGCGCGAGACCCUCCGGGAGCGCUGCCGGGUACCGGCAACGGCACCGCUACCGCUCGCGGAAGCAGCGACGUCCCGCGCCUGGACGCCUGCGACGACUUCUACGAGUUUGUCUGCGGCUCCGGCGGCUUGGACAGAGAAGGGGAACUGCUCAAGGAAGUCGCCGCGCCACGACAGCCUUACAUCAACCAGGCAAGCGUGCUACGCGAACCAACCGUGAGGUGGUGCACAGUUCGGAGCGCUGUUAAAAUUAACGGAUGGGCCUUCUAGAGCGCGCGCUAAUUUUGUUUAUUUUUCACUCGAGCAAAUGCGCAAUCGCGGACAACAGUUUGAAGACCACGGGUGCGGCGAAAUUGCUUUUUUCUUUUUUCUUUUUGCAGCCACGACAAGCAGCUAGAAAUUUGGGGGUGCAACUCGUGUCUACAUGCAAUAAAGUGUAGGCCCAAAUUGCGCGUUGCAGGGUCACAAAAAGAGAAAAUCGAAU